AUGAACGAUGUUCCAGCGGACGAUAUUCCUUGGCCUCAGCAGAUCAUUUCUGAUAAUGCAAGAGAUCCUGCCGUGACCUGCCCUAACUCAGACUGCCGACAACAUUUUCCAUCCAUUCAUGACUUGCUUUCUCACCUAAACCACCCAACUGAGACAUGCUGGCCGUCAGGAUCUGAAGGACACAUGGCCAAGCCUCCUGCAUUACGUGGAACCCGCAGACAUCACGAUGGGCAGUCUGGAGUCGAUGAGACCAUGGAUGAUGAAUUUAAUCGGACCGCUCAAUACCAUCCAUUAUUGGGCUAUGUCUACGGAGAAGGACAGAACAUAUUUCAGCAAAUUCAGAACGAUGAACAUGAGCCAAAACGGGUGAAAAAUAUGUACUGGCCCUUUCGCGAUCGUGGAGAGUGGUCACUCGGUAAAUUUUUAGUUGAGACCAUGACACAGACAGAGAUUGAUCGUUUUCUCAAACUGUCUUGGUUCGAUGUGAAAGAUAAGCCCGCAUUCUCGAGUGCUCGAGAACUAUUGUCCUGGAUGGACCUUUUACCUCCCGGGCCGAAAUGGCAGACCACACAGUUUGAAGUCCAGGGGUACACCACUGCCGCUCCCAUUCAUCUAAUAUGGCGUGAUGGCCUUGAAGUCGUGAAGAGCCUCUUUGGAAACCCUAUUUUUGCUCAAAAUAUGUCUUUUGACCCUCUGCAUGAUCAGCUGCCUGAAGGGGCGACUAUCGUGCCCAUAAUAGCUGCAUCAGACAAAACACCAGUCACAAGACAGACGGGCGGUCUGGAAAUGCACCCUCUUUUCCUCACUAUCGGCAACAUCGACUCUGACGUUCGUAUGAAGGCUACAUCCCACGCUUGGCGAUGUGUGGCGUAUAUGCCAAUCCCAAAGUUUGAAACACAUCCCGAUUAUCAUAUGAUUCUGAAGUCGCGUGUCUGGCACAAGUGUGUCGACUUAGUCUUUGCCGGCUUAAAAGUCACAGCAAAGGUCGGCGAGUUUAUGCCUGACCCCUUCGGUGAACUUCGAUAUUGCUUUACCCCUCUUGUCGCUUGGAUUGCAGACCUUCCAGAACAGUUGAUGAUCGCCUCUGUGUCAAAGAAUGCUUCCCCCAUCACACUGGCCACUCACAAGCAAUUCGGGGAUGCCAACCAUCACGAUCCUCGCACAGCAGAGCAUACUCUGGAGCUAUUGUACAUUCUCAGCCAGUCAAUUGACCCAUGGAAUCUUGACCGGUUCCAGAAGAAGUCAAAGGAGCUUCUCCUUCUAGGCGUUCAUCUUCCGUUCUGGCGCGACUGGCCACUUACCCAGGUUUCUAUUUUCCUUGUCCCUGAAAUCCUUCACACCCUGCACAAAUUUUUCUUCGACCAUCUGUUGCAAUGGUGUAAAGAAGUGGUUGGAAAUGACGAGCUCGACGCACGCUACAAGAGCCACCACAAACGUAUCGGCGUGCAUCACUUCUCUUCUGGGAUCUCACAUGUGGCACAGAUGACUGGACGAGAGCAUCGUGAUAUCCAGCGCACCAUCGUCGCCAUGAUUUCGGGCGCUGCUCCUCCUGAAUUCGUGCGACCUAUUCGUGCUCUCAUCGACUUCAUGUAUCAAGCACAGAACCCCAUCCAUACGGAAUCAAGCAUCGAAGCAAUGCAAGCGUCACUUAACGAAUUCCACAAUUGCAAGGUGGCGAUCCUGGAAGCUGAAGCACGUCGGGGGAAAAGCAACGUCAAGGAGGAUUUCUACAUACCAAAACUCGAACUCCUUCUGAGCUUCGCGGAGGCCAUUAGGAACAACGGUGGACUUGUUCAGUUCACUGCGGAUGUUAGUGAACGGCUUCUAAUCACACAUUGCAAAAGCCCGUUCACGAGAACGAGCAAACAGAAAGAUUUCGGGGAGCAGAUCGUCCGCAUCCUUGAUCGUGAAGAGCGGAUGCGGCAGUUCGAUCUAUAUCUCCUCCUUCGCCAACACAACCAAGCUCUCAUUAAUGCCGUUGUCGAUGAAGAUGAAGAAGUAUGCGCCACGGACCCGACAAUGGCAUGGGUUUCUCGUGUCGCCCCCGACGAACAACAUCAUUUCAGUGCCCCCAGGCCCAUACGCAAUCAUUUUACCAAGGGCAUCCUCUCCAAUAGUGCCAACGCAGCGCUUACCGUCACUCGCUCUCCUGAUGGCUCAAAUCUCAGCUGGCCUGAUGUGAUGCACACCUAUGGACUCCCUUGGUGGGAACUAGAACGAGACGAGUCUCAGCGUGUGAUCAAGGACAAUGCUGAAUAUUAUUAA